CUCCAGAAACAUAAAACGCCGAACCGACGUCCGGCCCGGGUCCCUCCAGUCCUGGGAGCGAAUACUGGCAGAACAGCAGCGCUCUUUUUUUUUAAUCAGGAAUAAGAAGGUGUGGGAACCCAGCGAAGAAUACACGCCCCCGGAUCAUCAUGAGAGGCCUGAUUUUCCUGCUCGUCACAGUAGCGACCUGUAGAGCCGCUUACGUCGGUUCGUCCCCGUACGGGGGUCCCUUGGUCCACCAGCCCCAGAUCGCCCCGAACUACGCACCACCCGCGCCAGUCGGUCAGGACGGAAACGUCAUCGACACACCGGAAGUGGCGCAGGCGAAGGCCGCGCACUUUGCCGAAUUCGCGAGGGCCGCCGCUCGCGCUGCCCAGGACGAGAAGGAUCAUCAAGGAGCAUCCGGUUACAAUCCGCAUGUCUCGUCGCCGACUUACAGCUACCCAACAGCCGUUCAGCCUACCGCGGUGCCCUUCCUGAGACAGGAUUAUCAGCAACCUACUCCGAUCUAUCAGACGGCGAACCACGUGCCGGCGCCACCCGUCUACAAUUAUCAGCAGCUCCAGCAAUACGACGCCGGGGCGAACUUCGCGAACCAGAAGGGUUACACGUUACCCGCUAAAGCCACCACCUUCGUGCCGGCGCCAUUGGCCGAGGACGGGACGGUCUUAGACACGCCGGAAGUCGCGGCCCUGAAGGCAGCUAGACUGGCCGAGCUCGCCGAGGCCGAGGCUCGAGCCUACAAGCAUGCGAGUGCACAUCCGGAAGAGAACCAGGGUCAAGCUUAUUCCGGAUCGCCGGUCGGCCCCGUCAACUAUAAUCCUAAUCUAGGACAUUACAGUGCUUCCCGAGAAUUUCCAGGAUCCUCGUAUCCUGGAACUCAGCCUUACAUCGCGCAACAAGCGUACAAUCCGUCGUCGGGUUACCAGCCUCAUCAUUAUCAGUCCCAACACUUAAUAGGAAAUGGCAUUUCAUUUAAGAUUGAACAUAGUUCAAAAAUGAGAUCUCUGAUUAUCUUGAUGGGUAUCGUUGCCGUAAUUUCGGCUACGCCAACGCAUUAUCAAUAUCAUGGACCACCUGCGCCUAUAGGUCACGAUGGCAGAGUUGUGGAUACACCGGAAGUAGCCCAUGCCAAAGCGGCGCAUCUCGCCGCUGUGGUGCAAGCUGCCUCGAGAAUUCCGUACAGUGUAGCUUCCUACCCGGCAGAUUCGGAUUAUCACGGAUAUUCGAAACCGAUAGCAAUCAGUCACCAGAUGUAUCACAAUGGACACGAAUAUCAUGGACCACCCGCUCCGUUAGAUCACGACGGUCGCGUGAUAGAUACGCCGGAAGUGGCUCGAGCGAAAGCUGCGCACUUGGCAGCUUACAAUCACAUAGCUUCCUCAGCACCUGUCAGCGAGAAUCAUUCCCCGAUUUACAAUCAUCAUUAUUAUGGCGCUCCGCAUAACAACCCUGAAGAAGAGCACUCUGGACACGCUCAUCUCACCGACUAUGAUAAUAAUUAUCACGGUUACGAUGACGAUUUAUCUUCGCAGAUUGUUCUCUCCGCGCUCUGCGCUAUUGCAACCGCACAGUCGGCUUAUCUGGCUUAUCACACCGGCGUGCCACUCGGACCGGACGGCAAGAUCUUGGACACGCCGGAGGUGGCGCAGGCAAAGGCAGCGCAUCUCGCUACCCAGGCUUACGAGGCCGCCAGAAACACGCUCGGCUACAGAUACGCGCCCGCCCUGGCCAUUUAUGCACCUGCAAUUACGUACGGCGCGCCCAUCGGCGCGGACGGCCGAGUGGUAGACACACCUGAGGUCGCCCAGGCCAAGGCUGCCCAUCUCGCCGCUCACGCCCAAGAGGCUGCCAAGACGGGCGGACUGAUUCCAUACGGGGCUCUGGCAUAUCAUGCUCCUUCGCCUCUGCUCUACGCUUACGGUUACGCUCCACUUGCAUCCGAUGGCAGAGUACUAGACACCCCCGAAGUAGCGCAGGCUAAAGCCGCGCAUCUCGCCGCACACGCUCAGGAGGCUGCCCGAAACGCUGCUUAACAAGUCUAUAUAAUUAUUAAACAAUGAUACACCACGCGUAUCGAUCAAAAAUUGUCGCUUGAUCUCCUGAUCGGAAGAACCACGCUCUCUAUGGAUCUGAGGAAAUUUUGAUAAUAAACCAACCAUCUUCAAGUCAUAUCACGCAAUUUGUAUUAUUGUUCCUUAUUUAA